AUCCUUACAUUGUUAUCGUCCACAUCUUAUGUCUCAUCUAUCUUUCUCCAUGGUCACGUGUGACUUCACCAACAGGUUUGUCCCUGCCUUAAAGAGACACCAAAAUCUCUAACUCCCUCUCUUGCCUCUCAUUAUCAUCUCCCUCUCCCUCUUCUUCUCCUUCACACAGCCUCCUAAAACUCACUUUGGUACAACCACAAUCCAUCACCAAACAUGCUCAAUGGAGGCUCAGAUCUUCCUCAAAAGCCUUACCAGUUGAUCAAACAAGAUGACAAGUUCUUUUCCAGGCUGCUUUCCAAGGAGAGUUCUGCUUCGAAUCCGUCGUUCAGGGUCUACUAUGGAGGCGCGCCCAGCUCGGUUCCGUUCGUGUGGGAGACCCGGCCUGGCACGCCCAAAAUCCCCUCUUUCGACGACUCUCUACCGCCUCUAACGCCUCCUCCAUCUUAUUAUUUGGGUUCCAACAAAUAUGAUACCUUCCCCGAGAAGAAGUGCUCAAGAUCUAAUCUCUUACGGGUUUUGUUCUUUAAGACCAGCCUCAAGAAGCCGAAGAAUGUGGCCGAUUCAGUUUGCUCUCUCCGUUGCUCGUCGUCCUCUUCCUCAAAUUCGUCAGUGUUUGCCCCUACGACUCCAACAGGGAGGUGGUUCUCGAGCCAAAGGUUGGUGUCCUACGAUUCUAGCAUUGAUGAUGAGCAUGCUGGAUCUCCGCCUAUUUACACGUGGUGCUUCAGCGGCGGCAUGAAGUCGAGCAGCUUCGGCGCCCGUGGUCAUUACCGCUGGUGAAACAUGGCCGUAGUCGGUCUUUAUUGCUCAGGAUGGCGACACCAUGACGGGACAAGGACAGAACGGGCGAACACCUCCGGUAGCCCGAGUGGUCGGCACAAUCCACAGCGCGAGGAGGAGAUGGCAAUGAUUGAGUAGUAACUAGCAGCUGCGUGGCAGAGAAUGGCAGUUAACAACGAACACUUUUGAGGCCCUCAAGGUCCAAAACGAGUGGGUGGCACAGAACCUAGGAGUGCCCAUACCGCCACUCGGACCUGCUUUGGAUAAAUUGCAGGGUGCGGAACAUGGAUUGGGUUGGGCAUGUGGCUCCAGCAGAUCAGUAAAUCAGUGUACUUCACAGAGCUUGAGUGGCGAGCUUAAUGUGCAGUGCAAGGACGAGUUGGCAGCGGAGAAGGAGCUUCAAGCCGAUAUGCAGGAGCAAGUGGCGACCCACGAAAUAUCUUCGGACCAUCAAGGCGCAGGUAAUGUGGUUCAGGACUUGCAUGGUACAGCAUCUAGGAGUGACGACGCGGCCACUGGGACCGGGUUUGGUGCCACCAACACCAUGAGGAGGUCAGAAAAUCUUCUACCGUGCAAGUCAUCAGUGACAAAAGGUUCUUUCUUACAUUACGCGGAACAACUCAUUGCAUUAGCUAUGUGUGCCAUUCGAAUGAGCAUAAUUUUGUUGUGCAGAGUCACUUACUGAGUUGAUGCUAGAAUGCUGAUGUCCAAGUUAUUGCUGGAAUGACUAGAACUGCUCGAUGUAGUUGAUGCUAAGAGGAGAUGGGUAGAAUGACAUGUCGGUUUUUGUAUUGCGAACCAAUUGAGUCGCAGUGUUUGGAAGGAGGAGACGCGUGCAGAGCAGAGUGCUAAGUCUUUGAGAGUUCUCAAGUGAUGAGUUUCUCUAGGGAUGAGCGAAUGGAAGGGCAUAUUCACAGUGAAGAGGUUGGAAAUGGAACUGAACAAGUUUUUGCUAUGCCUCGAUAUUCUUGUUCGGAUGGAAACUGGUUUAUCACGUCUCAUGAGCACAAGAUCAAUCUUCAGAUUGCUGCUUGCCACAGAGGCACGUUAGGGACGGUCCGGUCUGACCCUUGAUCUUUUCUUGCGGACUUAUCAUCAGCCAUUCGUACGACGUAGCAUGAACCAUGUACUAGUCUCUGUCAAGGCUAUGAUUGUAUCCUGAUAAACGGUACUCGUUAGCGAUUAAGAGAAACAUAGUUGCUUCA